AUGGGCCUUGUCGUCGACCCUCCAAUUGCGCAGGGAGACACACUUCGGUAUAUUACUCGGGGUGUUGCAGUGCAUGUCAUGAACCUGAUCUCGAAGGUGCCCGAGAAUACCGACGCCAGUGAGGUACCCGGAUUGGGCCACAGGUAUCAGCCCGCCACGGAGUACUUCGUGAACCGGCCGGAGCUGCAUGAAUAUCGGCGAGAGAUGCACUGA